UACCGCUGCAAACACACACAGCGCAGGAUGAGACAGCGAGACGAACACUUACAACGCUGAUGAACGGGAGAGAAGAUGAUCCUGCUGCUCAUCAUCCUGAUCUCCUGUGUCUGUGCAGGAACUUCUUUUGUGAAAGUGAAACAGACCCACUAUCAGGCAGAGGAGAACGACAACAUCACUCUGGAAUGGACGUUCACAACCAGAAGUGACAAAUCCCCAAACUUACUCUUUAUCAUCUGUAACCUAAUAACAGACCUCAAAGUCUCUGUCGUGUAUCGACUACAUCAAGGUGUUGAAGUCCCAGAGUCUCAGGAUGAACAGUUUUCAGGACGAGUCCAGUGUGACAGAGACGUCCUCAGAGAAGGACGACUCAGACUUCAUGUGUCCAGACUCAGGACUGAAGACUCAGGCCGGUACAAGUGUGUAGUGAGGACAGAAUCUGACCUGAGUGCAGAUCAAUGCUGGCUCAAUGUCACUGCCUCUGUUGCUCAGGAACAACAUACGACUCCAACUGUGAACCCAGAACUUAAUGGUCAGGAAAGGUUCUACAUCUUACUUGGUGCAGGAAUAAUGUUGACAGUUAUCAUGAUAGUAGGGACGGCAGCAGCAGCAGCAGGAAGGAAAGUAGCUAAUGUAGUGAUAAGAGUAAUAGUAGUGAUAGCAGCAGUAGUAGUGAUAGUAAUAGUAUAUUCAAUAACAGUAGCAUCAGCGACUGCACCAGAUGCUGCAGUCUUAGGAUUGUUGUUGGGAGGAUCAAUAAUAUUAUCAGUGUUUGCAGCUCUGUCAGCUCCCUGGCUCCUCAUCUACUCUGGCUCCUGUCAAUCAAAUUCAGAAAGGAGGCCUGACAGCAUCAGCAGCUACAGAAGGUCACAAAAUGACAACUCGUACUGUAUUCAAUAUUUUUGAUAUUUUCAAUGAGGCCGAUGUUUUUUCUUCUCUCUCGAAGAUUAAAAAAAACAUUUGGAGCAUCAUGUGUUUCGGUGAUUAGCAAACAAAUCUACAAAAGCACUGGUGGUUGAUCUAAUAUCUGAACAGACAAACAUUUGACAGAAUUCUAAGAACAUUUACGUCAGUGUCUCAGGUUGAGAUUCCAUAAGCAGAUAAGACUUCCUGUUAAACAGGAGAAAGAAUGAGACAGACAGCAGGACCUUCUGUUUAGUUUCUGAUUCUUUAUUCAUUCAAAUGUUAUCUUACCAAUACAAAUAUCCAAAUACACUAAAUAUAUCUCUACCUCUCUCUACACUUUCUUUCGAACAGGUCAAAUAAAACACAUUCUCAACUUGUUAUUCUUCGUGUUCACAGCUAUUGACUAAUAAGGAUUACCUGGGAAUAUAUCUCUUUUGUUAAUCUUACUUGUAUAUUGCAAAUAAAUCACUGUAGCACUGAAAAAAUGUAGUAUUUAAAUGGCACUCUCUUAUAGCACUUUGUAGUUUCAUUUUCAUGAAGAAAAUUGUACUUUCUUGAUUCUUGUUGUUCUUGGUUUGUUCCCUCAGUGUUGAUGCACUUAUUGUGAGUAACAUUUGAUAAAAGUGUCAGCUAAAUGAAAUGUAAUGUAAAUACAUGAGCUAAGUUUGCGAACAACUACAUUUUACCUUUUGUGAAUAUUAAGAAUACAAACCCUGGAAUUUAACAACGUUUAACAGAGUGUAUAUGUAUGUAUGUAACCUGCUUGUAUUGCCAGAACAAUUGCAUAUAUUUAAAAUUCAAUGCACUGGAGCCAUGCAAGUCAAAUAAAUUUAA